AUGUGCAGAUGGACGCCGUCCGUAGCUCAUCUCUGUCCUGAGCCUGUUGCCGGGCGACCUGUCCCCCUGCCGAGUGCAGCCUCACUGUGCCUGGCAUGCCUCACCCUGCUCCUGGUCACCUCUGGCACCACAGCGGGGGCCUGUCCACCCGGGGUCGGGCAUGAGCCUCUUCAGGUACUGGCUGGCGGCAUCAACUGUUCAUGGACACUGGAAAGGCACACUCGCAGUUACAAUCACCUAGAGGGCGACGUCCGACUACGGCGACUCUACUCUGCCAACAAGUUCUUCCUCUGCAUUGACAAAACGGGCAAGGUGGACGGCACACGGCGGAAGAAUUACGCAGACAGCCUGAUGGAAAUCCGAUCUGUCAGUGUGGGUGUUGUCGCCAUCAAAUCUGUCAGCACCGGGCUGUACUUAGCUAUGUCCAAGAAAGGCACGCUCUUUGGAUCGGUGAAGUACAACCCAAGCUGCAAGUUCAAGGAGCGCAUUGAAGAGAACGGCUACAACACGUACGCCUCCCUCCGCUGGAAGCACGGUGGCAGGCAGAUGUUUGUUUCUCUCAAUGGACGGGGGAAGCCACGGCGAGGUCACAAGGCCCGACGGAGGCACCCGUCUACUCAUUUCCUGCCCAUGCUUCCCUCCUAG